AUACCCACAGUUAAGGUGGAGUGAACGUGACCAUACGUAUCGCACGUGUUGUCUGAUACUGCACUUACAGAAAACUGCUCCCUGGGUUAAAUCCUGUUUGCGCGGGUUUUUAGCAGAAAUGGCAACAGCAGGACAAGUUAAGAUUGGAAUCAUUGGCGGUUCUGGGCUGGAUGAUCCGGAUAUUCUGGAGAACAGGACCGAGCGCUUCGUCGAAACGCCGUUCGGAAAACCUUCAGACGCCCUUAUCACAGGAAAAAUAAAAAACGUUGAGUGUGUACUCCUGGCCAGGCAUGGCAGGCAGCACACCAUCAUGCCGUCGAAUGUGAACUACAGGGCGAAUAUCUGGGCGCUGAAGCAGGAGGGCUGCACUCAUGUGGUGGUGACCACAGCCUGCGGGUCCCUGCGGGAUGACAUCCAGCCCGGGGACAUCGUCCUGCUGGACCAGUUCAUCGACAGGACCACUAAGAGAGAUCAGACGUUUUGUGAUGGAUCCUCCUGCAGUCCGCCGGGGGUGUGUCAUAUUCCGAUGGCCGACCCGUUCUGCUCCCGGACCAGAGAGGUGCUGCUGGAUGUGGUGAAGGGUCUGGGGAUCCGGUAUCAUCCUCGGGGGACGAUGCUGACGAUCGAGGGUCCGCGGUUCUCCUCUCGCGCUGAGAGUCUGAUGUUCCGGCAGUGGGGGGCCGACGUCAUCAACAUGACCACCGUGCCUGAGGUCGUCCUCGCCAAGGAGGCGGGGCUCUGCUACGCCAGCAUCGCCAUGGCAACCGACUACGACUGCUGGAAAGAGCAUGAGGAGGCGGUCUGCGUGGACAACGUCCUGAAGACCAUGAAGGAGAACGCCAACAAGGCCAGCAGCAUCCUGCUAACGGCCAUCCCACAGAUCUUCCAGAUGGACUGGGAGCACACCAUCUCCAUGCACAGAGUCAUGGCGCAGAGCUCUAUUAUGCUGCCCAAACACUGAAGAUCCACUGAUACUGAAGAGAUGAGUCCGUCCACACACACACAUUACACACACACAUUAUACACACACACACACACACACACAGGUCCUGUAAUUUCCGGUUUAAAAGUGCCUAAAUGAUUGUUUCUGACACACACACUGUUUUAGUGUUAAUUGUUGGAUGGUGGUACUGUAGGUCUGUUGUGUAGAUGUUCUGUUACAGACUGUAGUUCAGCUCUUAUCCCUCUAUAACAUGAAACAUUAUAUUUUUGGCGAGAAAAAAAAAAUCACACCAUUAUUUUGGAGGCUUUUCAGAUCGUUGUUUUAUAUAAUUUCUUUAACAACAAGCUGAAUAUUUCAGUAGUCACUGGUUUCUCAUGAUGGUUCUAAUAGAAGUGAUCUACAUAAUGUUCCACAAAUGAAAUAAAAAAUUGUUUCAUCAA